AUGCCGUCGCUGAUGACGGUGCCGGCGCAGAGUGAACAACAGAAGUUCUCUGAGAAAGCCGGGCAGAAAUGCUCAGGAAGGUCCCAGGGUGGGCUUGCACACAAUGAUGCUAAGUACGGUCGCAGUGCCAACCCUCCCAUCAUCACCAGCACCACCUGCGUGGGGACUGAGACAGACAUAUCCAUUUGUCCGGCCACGAGGGUCACUCCCGCGCAGACAUCGUGUGACCAAGCGGGCGUCGAGUGUUAUAAUUGUGGAAACCAGUACUCCAGUGAGGCGGGCACCCUGCAGUCUGACAACUACCCCCAGCCUUACCCUCGGAACGUCCACUGUCUCUAUAUCAUCCGUCCCACCAACACCGGCCAGCUGUACAAGUUGGAGUUCUCGGACUUCAAGACAGAGUCCUGCUGUGAUAUUGUACAUGUCGCUACACUCAACAGUUCCUCCAGCAUCCCAGUCGGUGGCUCCACCUACAGCGGCAGCAGCAAACCCCCCAUCCUCCUCGGCAAGGCCUUUGUCGUAAGCUUCGAUACCGACGGCUCCAACAACAUGGGCGGUUUCCAAGCCACGUGGAGCCCGGCGUUGGUGCAGGAUGUCGUCAACAUGUCGUGUGACGCGGGGACUUUCAAUAUCCAGAUUGACCUCACCUUCCUGAAGCGACUCUACCCAGCUUCCUCAGAGAGAACCAUCGCUCUGGCUGAUUCCUCCUGUACCGGCACCAUUAUCAACGACAACAUCGUCAUAAAAACAGACGCCGAUUCCUGCGGGACAAUUGUCAAGACAGAGACAGACAGACACGUCUACACCAACUUCCUCGUGGACAGAAUAUUCGCAACCGAGUCAAACAACAUCGUCAGAGGUGAGAGAUGGAAGAUACCUAUCACGUGCUCCGUGCCUCGUUCUGAAUCCUUCUCCAUCCACUACCAUCCAUACCCGGAUGUAGGCACGCGAAGACGAUCCGAAGUGGAACGCAUGAGCAGGGAAGUCAAAGGUCAUAUCCGGGUACAGCAGAAUUUCCCGACAAGCAUCAGUGUUUUCGAAGACCAGGCGAUGACUAUCAGACAGUUCACAGCUCCACAGAAGAGACUCGGGGAGGAUCUCUUUUUCAGGGUACAGCUGGAUCAGGCUGACUCGGACUUGAAGCUGGUGGUGACGUCAUGCUUUGCUCUACCGACAUAUCUUGAGACAACAAGCAGCACUAAGUACAUCCUCGCUCAGGAAGGCUGCGCAGUAGACAGUGGUACCCACAUCCUCAGGACAACCAAUCACCACACAGACUUUCAGAUGAAGGUGUUCAAAUUCGCUGGGAACUACAACACGGUGUACAUCACAUGUGACGUCAGAGUCUGUCCAGUCACGGAUAACUCUCCCUCCUGCCAACAGACCUGCACAUCGCCCGGGAAGAGAAGCAGUGAAAGAAACACAGGGACAAACAGAGUUAGGUUUGGUCCUGUCAUAGUAGAGGACCUACCUGUCAGCUGAGACUGUUGUCAACGUGUGUAGUGGUUACAGGCCCACGUGCCUUUGCGAGGAUUAAAGAUAUAAAAAAUA